AUGCCAGUUUUUUUGACAAGCGAACAACUCGUUUGGCUCUUUCUGGUUACAUCUCUAGUUUCCCUAGCCUACACGGCAACAGAGCGUAACGAAGCAAUUAAACGCAGCUUUCACAUUGAACCGUCGCAGUCAUUUUUGACCGUAACAAUUCCUGAUGAAGAUGACGUUACCUUAAUGGAUAGACUGGCCGACGAUGAAAUGACGACUAGAAAAUCUUUUCUAGUGACAAAGCCGAUGAAAGCGCCUCGUCAGAAUAAACGGGUUUCCUCCUCCCUAGUGUCCGUUUUGAAUCGAUGUCUCAACAGACUUUUAACCCCACGUUUUCUUGGCCCAUUUCUAAUCUUUGCUGUCAUCGUUAGUCUGUUGAACGGCCCACUUUUCGGACUCAAAGUGCUUCUCUUCUCCAUCCAGUUCAAUAUCGUUUUUCCAACGUUUGUCUGCUUCGUUUCGGAAAAUUUCAAUCGUGAUACUCAUCAAGCAAGACUCUCCUAAGGAUUCAGAAUAUUGUCAUUCUUAUUUGUAGAUGUAUGUCAAUAUUGUUAAUUCUGUUUCGGGAUUUUCCUAACUGUUAUCCGUUUAAAACGUAUCGUACCAUUUCGGAUGGUCUUUGGCCUGAGAGAAAAAAAUAGAUAAUCAAUUACUUACGCCGU